AGCACUCAAGUCCUAGUCGUUAUGGCGGCACCAAAUCCCCGACCGCAACACAUAGUUUCUAUAUGUAUCCGCCGUCACCGGGCGGUCCGGCAGGUCUCGGGACGCUCGGCUCGCCGACAACGGGCGGCCCGUUGGCCGUAUCGGAGCUCUCGUCGAUGAUGGCACCGCCUGUGCCCGCCCAGCGGCCACCGGUCGGCAAUUCCACUAAAAACUCGCAGCAAAGCUGUCAGCCAUCGCUAUCAUCCAACAUGUAUUCCCAACCGUACGUCCCGCCGGUGUCGGUCGGCCUGACGGGCGGUCAAUCGCCGUCGACGACGAUGCAGUCGCCGGGACUGACGAUAGGCGCCGGCGUACCGCAGGUGACGACUCCGCCGAUGUGUUCCCGCGCCGUACAGACGGAUCUGACGGUGAAGUCAUUGCGCGACAUGGAGGCCAAGUCGGCCCACGACGUCGAGACGAGGGACACCCGUAUAGACGACUUGUGCCGCUCGGCCGACGACUCGAAACGGCAACUCCAGGCCCAACAGAAGCUGAUCGACAAACAGAAGGAACAGCUGAACAAAUGCAUUGAUGUCACCAAACAGUUACUCAUCGAGAAGUCGGCGAUGGAGAAGAAGGCCGCCCGACAGAAGUGUAUGCAAAAUAGGUUAAGAUUAGGACAGUUUGUAACACAACGACAAGGUGCCUCAUUCGUGGAGAACUGGGUCGACGGCCACGCGUUCACAGAACUGAUCCGCAAACAGGAGUCGAUCGCUGCGGCGCGCGAAGAGAUCGAACGGCAGCGCAAACUGUUAGGCAAAAAGCGGCCGUCGCUGACCACCGCCAAGUCGAAGACGGGCAACGGUUCGGGCACUACGACACUGGUGUCGGCCAUAACCAUACCGGGCGUGAGUCCGGUGACGGGCGGCAGUGGCGGCGGUUCCAACUCGAACUCCGGGCUCUCGAACGGCGACUUCUUGAAGCCGGAGUCGCCGAAAGACGUGGGCAUGAAUUGGUACGAGUACUACGAACAGGACGAGAUACUCAAACUCAGGUCCCAAGCGCUCAAGAAGGAGGACACAGACCUACAGCUCGAGCUUGAGAAGCUGGAGCGCGAACGCAAUCUACACAUCCGCGAGUUGAAACGCAUCCACAACGAGGACCAGUCGCGCUUCAACAAUCACCCCACCCUUAAUGAUAGAUACCUAUUGUUGAUAUUACUGGGCAAAGGUGGUUUUAGCGAAGUUCACAAAGCGUUUGACCUGAAAGACCAGCGAUACGUCGCCUGUAAAAUACAUCAACUAAAUAAGGACUGGAAGGACGACAAGAAAGCCAAUUACAUCAAACACGCGCUCCGGGAGUACAACAUUCACAAACAGUUAGACCACCCGCGAGUGGUCCGUCUCUACGACGUGUUCGAGAUCGACGCCAACAGCUUCUGCACAGUACUCGAGUACUGCGACGGACACGACCUCGACUUCUACCUGAAACAGCAUAAGUCCAUACCGGAGAGGGAGGCCCGCAGUAUCAUCAUGCAAGUGGUCCACGCACUCAAGUAUCUCAACGAAAUCAAGCCCCCCAUCAUCCACUACGACCUCAAGCCCGGCAACAUCCUAUUGGGUUCGGGCGCCGUUUCGGGCGAAAUCAAGAUCACGGACUUUGGUCUGAGCAAAAUCAUGGACGACGAGAACUACUCGCCCGACCACGGCAUGGACCUGACCUCACAGGGCGCCGGCACCUACUGGUACUUACCGCCCGAGUGUUUCGUUGUCGGCAAAAAUCCACCAAAAAUUUCAUCCAAAGUUGACGUGUGGAGCGUAGGCGUGAUUUUCUAUCAGUGUCUUUACGGCAAAAAACCGUUCGGACACAACCAAUCGCAAGCGACUAUUUUAGAAGAAAAUACUAUUUUAAAAGCAACUGAUGUCGAGUUCGCGGCCAAACCUUCG